AUGACCCUCGUUCCUCGCAGCUUAUUCAAAACACAACACGACUGGUUUCUAGAAAUCACGAGGCGCAAACAACGCGAUCAACUUAGCCCCGACUACCAGCGUACGUACGACGACUGGCUUGCUGCCUGGACGGCCAUUGUUUCUUCUAGUCCAUCGAUGAGUUCACAUUUCGAGGCCCCAGAGACGCCGCCUCAUCAUCAACCUCGCCAAUCUCGUCAUGGUUUCUCUUUGGCACCCGCCCCUCUAUUCUCGGGCAGUCCUAGCGCCAGAAAUGUCAUGGCGGCGGACCUCAGCGACAUUUCGAGCUUGCCCCGUGAUGAGCGAGAGAUUCCUACAGAGCUGCUCAACAGAAAGGCCGACGAGCUUCGGUCGCAAUUUAACUACUUCACUGAGCAGCAGAGGUUAGCGGAGGCUAUCCGACCGACCGCCGCCGCCGCCCAACCUUUCUCUAGGUGUGAUGAACUGAUCUCACCCGGAAGGUCGGUUGCCUAUCCAGCCAACGGUGGCUUCGCCCAACACCCACUGCCCGACUAUCAGCAGCAACAUCAACAACGCACUGAUACGGGAGUGGAAGCAAACAACAGUAGCAAUCCGUUCCGAUCUAGCAGCACAGGCAGAGGCAGUCAGAAUCCCUUCGACAUGCCGGGCGCGUUCGGCAGCGACCAGAGCCUUCGGGAUUUGAGCCCGAGACAUAUCUUUCUCUCGACACAAUCGUGCUUCCCCCUCCGCAACGCCAACAACGACGCAGAUGACGGCCGUCCACAGUCGCACCGUGACCAACCUACUAUGCCAGCCAUACCGAUCCUCAACAGAUACCCCAGCCCACGGGAAGCGCGUACUGCGAUCAACGGUCCUGAGACCGAGCCUGUGAUUGCCUCAGACCGCUGGAACGACAACGACGAACGGCACCGGCUGCGGGCGCUGCACGGGUUCGAGGAGCGGGAGAGUAGGCAGGUUGACGAAGGUAUCCCGCAAAACAUUGUCGGAGGUGGUCUGGCAAGUGCUGAUGAGAACGCGAGGAGUGAUGCCGACACGAAUGACGGUCACCGGGGAGAGGACCUGGGCAGCGGAGUGGCUCAUGGUCGCGAUAAAGAGACGGGCGGGCUGCCCAGGAGGACGAAGAAGCGAGGCAAGGGCGGCGGCGGCCAGGUUCCUUGGGAUGGUGGACGUGCUACAUAA